AUGGCCAAGUUCAUGACUGUAAACUUUGAUAGCCACAACCCAAAUCAUGAGAAAGGCACAGACGUCCGCCGUUCCCUUUCUGGACUGGACUACUCACCACUUCCACGAGUAUCGGGACGUUCCCUCGGUCUCGCCAUGCUGGUGUCUAUGGGAGGCUUAAUCUUUGGUUACGACACUGGUCAGAUCUCGGGCUUUCUAGAGAUGCCUGAUUUCCUCGAGCGCUUUGGUCAGAUCAACUCAGACGGGGAAUACUACUUCAGCAACGUGCGGUCAGGUCUGAUCGUCGCCCUCUUGUCUAUCGGUACGCUCAUAGGCGCUUUGAUCGGAGCCCCUAUCGCCGAUCGCGUUGGCCGCAAAUACUCCAUUUCUUUCUGGUGCGUCAUUACGUCUAUCGGCUUUAUUGUCCAGAUCGCUGCAGACGAUACAUGGGAACAGGUAAUGAUGGGUCGCUGGGUGGCGGGCCUGGGAGUUGGAGGACUGUCACUCUUGGUCCCGAUGUACCAGGCUGAGACGGCACCGCCUUGGAUCCGUGGCGCCAUGAUUGGCACAUAUCAGCUUUUCAUCACCAUGGGCAUCUUCCUGGCCGCGUGUAUCAACUACGGCACGGAGAAAGAUUAUCCCAACAGUACUGCGUCCUGGCGUAUUGUGAUCGGCCUCGGUUGGAUCUGGACCAUCGUCCUUGGCGUCGGUAUCCUCUUCUUCCCCGAGACGCCUCGCUACGACUAUCGCAGCGGCCAUGUCGAGCGAGCACGUGAGACGCUGUGCAAGGUGUAUGGCGCGACGACCAACCAUUGGAGCAUCCACACGCAAAUGGAAGAGAUCGAAAGCAAGUUCCGCGCCGAAAGCACCAUCAAGGGUAACGUCAUCACGGAAUUCGUCCAAAUGCUGCAAGCACCGCGCAUGGCUUACCGUCUCGCGCUCGGUAUUGCUCUACAGAUGUUCCAACAACUCACGGGCGCUAAUUAUUUCUUCUACUAUGGCACCACCAUCUUCCGGUCGGUCAGUAUCAACAGCUACGUCACCCAGAUCAUUCUCAACACGAUCAACUUUGUGGUCACUUUCAUCGGUCUAUACCUCGUUGAGCACUACGGCCGCCGCAAGUCCCUCAUUGCAGGCUCCAUCUGGAUGUUCGUUUGCUUCCUUAUCUUCGCUUCCGUGGGUCACUUCGAGCUCGAUCGUGAAAACCCCGAGAACACGCGCAGUGCGGGCAUCGCCCUCAUCGUCUUCGCAUGUUUCUUCAUCCUCGGUUUCGCAACGACCUGGGGCCCCAUGGUUUGGACCAUUAUGGCCGAAAUCUUCCCAUCGCGGUACCGCGCCAAGGGCAUGGCGCUCUCGACGGCCAGUAACUGGAUUUGGAAUUUUGCCAUCGCGUUCGCUACUCCCUUCAUUACUGCCGAAAUCGACUUCCGCUACGGAUACGUGUUUGCGGCGUGCAAUUUUGUCGGCGCGUUGAUCGUUUACUUCUUCGUCGUGGAGGGCCAGGGACGUACACUGGAGGAGAUUGACACAAUGUAUCUAGAGGGCGUCGACCCCAAGAAAAGCGCAAAGUGGGUGGCUCCUUCGACGGAGGAGAUGGCCCGGAUUCGCAGAGAAGCUGGGCUGGAUAUGGAAGCACAGGCGGCUGCCACCAACGGCCAUGACAGCGGCACAGCUCUGAACGAUGAAAGCGCUGCGACACAGAAGGAGACAAAUGGUGCGGGAGACGCUCCUCCGACCCAUCACGAACGAAUUUGA